AUGCAGGGUUCCCUAAUGCGGACCGCGGCUGCGUUUUCGCCCACCGUCACAGCCAGUUCGCAUCCCGGCGCGAUCAGUUCGGAAGGGGCGAAGGCCCUCUCUGGCCGAGAGCGCUGUCUAUCGUGCGGAUGCGUCGCCCGCGCGCGCACGUACCUCGUGCGCCCUACGUCGUGCGCGUACCGCCUCUACCUCGACACGCCGCGACAAACCGUCCCGUGGAUAUUGUUUACGGUGUGCAAAGCUCGUUGCGUAUUUAUAGAAGCCCGCGCCGUCGCCCGUCUAAGUGGUCGCAGCGAUGGAACCGAUUCACGAUGCUUAUUUCGACGCCGCGCUCGGACGCCGAUUCGGUUUCUAUGCGUUUUGUUUAUUCCAUCGUCUCGUGUGAUUCACGUCGGCUCGCGACCG